AUGGCAUCGCGCGCUGAGAAUGUUGGCAUCAAAGCCAUGGAGAUUUAUUUCCCCAGUCGUUAUGUACCCCAGCCCGAACUGGAGACAUAUCUCGGCGCUAGCACCGGAAAAUUCACCAUUGGACUGGGCCAGACUAACAUGAGUUUCUGCGACGAUCGCGAAGACUUGUAUUCCCUGGCCCUCACAACGGUCUCCUCACUACUACGCAAAUACAACAUCGACACACGAUCCAUUGGCCGCCUCGAAGUCGGCACCGAGACAAUCCUGGACAAAGCCAAGUCCUGCAAAUCGGUACUGAUGCAGCUAUUCAGCGACAACCCAGACAUUGAAGGCAUCGACACCUACAACGCCUGCUAUGGCGGGACCAGCGCUCUCCUGAAUGCUGUGAACUGGAUCGAGUCGUCCUCGUGGGACGGACGCGACGCCAUCGUCGUCGCGGGAGAUAUCUCAAUAUAUGAUACACCGGCGGCGCGUCCCACUGGCGGCGCAGGGUGUAUCGCCAUGCUGAUUGGGCCUAAUGCACCACUAGUGGUGGAGCCAGUGCGCGCAUCGUUUAUGCGUCAUGUGUAUGACUUCUACAAGGCUGAUUUUAAAUCUGAGUAUCCUCUCGUUAACGGACAUUUUUCUAAUAAAUGCUACACGGAGGCGUUGGAUGGAUGUUACCAGCGGUACAAGCAAAAAGUCCAAGACAAGAAGAAGGACGUGGAUGUGGGGAUUGACAUGUUUGAUUUCUUCAUCUUUCAUGCACCAAACUGCAAGCUUGUGGCUAAGAGUUAUGCCCGGUUACUCUUCGACGAUUACCUAGACCAGCCGGAGGGAUUCGAUUCUGUCCCUGGGGAGUAUCUAGCCAUGGACGUGGAGAGCACAUUGAGCGACAAGAGGAUCGAGAAAGUAUUCAUGGGUCUCGCGGAGGAGAGGUUCGCUCUGCGCGUGAAGCCGUCGUUGACAGUGCCCAGUCAUUGCGGAAACAUGUACACGGCAAGUGUGUGGGCAGGACUGGUUAGCUUGGUGAGCAACGUUGCUAGCGAUCAGUUGCUAAGUAAACGUAUUGGAGUGUAUAGUUAUGGAGGUGGACUUGCCAGUACGUUGCUCACGCUGCGGGUUCGUGGGGAUACUAGCUUGAUUGCGCAAAAGAUAGAUCUGUAUUCGAGGUUGCGGGGGAGGAUGUCAGUGAACCCGGAGGUUUAUAAUGAGAUGUGUCAACUGAGGGAACAGGCAUACGGACGGAAAGACUUCACGCCUAAAGGCAGCGUCGAUGCCCUCGCUUCGGGGACGUAUUAUUUAGUGCAGGUGGAUGGCCAAUUCCAGCGGAAAUACGAUAUAAAGGCAUAG